AUGGCAGACCAGAAGAACAAGUCCAGUACUACUACUGCUAUUCCUCCUCGCAAUGUCAUCACAACUCCGGGGGUUAUCAUGACUUCUGGUAAAUCGUCAUCUGGUGACAACGCGUCUUUAUUUCGUUCCAACUUUGCAAGUUCACCAGGCGGUGCAACGCCAACAUCAGCAUCGACAUCCUCAUCUACAUCAACAACAGCAGCAGCGUUCUUUUCAAGAACAUCCUCCAUAUCGCCAACAUCACCGUCGUCGACAAUCCAAUACGAUCACGAAACAUAUCUCGAAUUACUUGCCGGAAAGAGCCGGUCUGUGGAAAAGACAGCUAGUCAGGUAUACAGGGAGGAACGAGCGCGCAAGCUCAGUCUCAGAGCUCGGGAUCCAGCAGUUCUAUCAGGGCCUAUUGACCUAGUGGACAUGGGCGUGUUUUCGACUCAGGGUCACGUCAGCGAGUAUCUGUACGGUGAUGGGUAUGCUGGGAAGAAACAUUCGAACGGUUCUAGAAGGUAG